AAUAGUGCCGUUGUCUGGGCGACCGGGUUGGCGGCGCUUUUGAUGAACAUGAUCGUCCGACUGCCUAUGCCCUUUCUUCAGUGAUUAUAAAGUAAAUAUCGUAAGAUAACAAUUUCCUUUGUGACAUAGCAGAAAGUAUAUAAUUUAAGUUAUUUGAAAAGUUUUUAUUUGUUCAUUUUUGUUUGUCGCUUACUUAUCAGGUCAAGUGUUUAGGUUUUAAUUGUAUCUCUAACCUCUACUAUGUAGUCUAUAAAUGUAUAAUUGAACAAGUAGCCAGCCCUAAAAAGCCUAAAAGCCAUGUAUACAAAAGCAAUGAAGAAAUAUUUGUUUAUUAUUUAAAGGUCUGUCCAACCACUGACAUAUAGAUUAUUACUAAUUAUCUAUAAAACAUAGUGCAUUUUAGCACAAGUUAUCACAGGUUCCUAUAAUUAAUUUUGAACAGGGCUGGUUUUGGCGGAGAGCGCAGCGCGUAUGAAUGACGAAACAGCAGGGCUGGGGGGGAAAGGUGUCCCGGCGCCGCUCAUAGAUAAAGAGCAGAGAUCAGUUGUCAAGGUAACGCCGAGGUAACGGUGACGUGUACGCAGGCGGAAGUGCUUUCAAAAUAAAACUCUUUUUUUUAAAGCGAAAACGAUGCACGUGUUUGGUACAUGGAAGUAUUCUAAGUUCUUGUUAUAGAUUCAUAGUUUGAGAAGAUACAUAUUCAGUCUGUUUUUUUGUCUUGGUUCAUUCAGAACAGCACGAGCAGCCGCAGAAGUGUGAUCUGAAAGGAUUAUAUUUUAGAUUAUUUAGUCGUUGCCUCAAGUACCUGGUUAAUAUGUAACCUGGUAAAUCAACAAUGUAUAAUUAUGGACUUACUGUUUAACUGUAAGAGAAAAGGUGGCAGAAGAAUUUCUAAGCAACGUGGAGUAGACUAUUUUGAAAAUCCCAAAUCGGAAACUAUGUUUUUCCAAGACUCGCUUGACCAUGAACAGAGAGAGGGGGAGGUAAGUAAUUAUUUAGGGGGAAGAAAGAAAGAAACAAAGUUGUCGACCGAGCAAAGCACACGGGAAGGAUUUUAUGAACUGAAGCUUCUCGCUUGAAAAUGUCUACGGGAAUUAUCAAAACGAGCACUUUUUAACAUUGUUUUUGCUCUCUGUAAACUUUUCCGCUACUGAGUGAGUUUCAGACCCGGGCAGGAUUUGUGCUUUGGAAAACGGGAAUGAUCAUACAACUCCAGACGGGAGCAGACGGACGUCAGCGUCUUAUUUUUCAUUCAGUUAAUUUCAGUAUGUUUACGUUUUCUGAUCACAUCUGGCUCUGAGAUGAGUGGCAGACGCAUGGACGUGCAUACGGCGAGACAUUCACGCCGCUCUGGAUAAUUAUCUCAGUCAAAAUAACUUGAAAUUGCAUGUUGAACUGGAACACUUUACUAAAAUGCAAACGUGGAUCCACACGAGGGCCCACAAAGGAGGCCCUCCACGGCCAUAGGUCACGGAAAGUGUCGCUUGAAGGGACUGACUGGAGAUUUUCUGAACCAAUGGAGUCACCAGCCCUAUACCUGUGUCCGUAUGUGUUCCACAUGAGGCUAACCAAAUGAGUCAGAGAGGACGUGCUGUGUAUCCACCUUAUCCAUGUCUCUGAAGUCUUAUUUAUAUUUUUGUAUUUAUUCUAAAAGUCCUUUGGCUUUGAACAACUUUUAAGGCCAGUUUUUUAAUAUUGUUAUACAAAUCUUCAUACUGUAUAUGAGACAAUAUUGACCUAAUUUUGGACUUAUUUUUGCAUAUAAACGGGACUUGACACAAAGUAUCAUUAUGGACAGGCCGAUAAGCAAGUUAUUGACGAAACUGAAGCUAACAGACUCUGGCAGUGUGAAAUUCAACAGCUCAAAGAAGAAGCAUGACUCAAGCAGCAACUCAAACAACAGUAAUGCCAACACUGCUGUGUCCAGUGGCAGCUCACUGCCCCCGGCUCCCAGCGCCUCACCCUCCAGACUGGGACAGUUUUCACUGCCCCCUGGGACAUCCAUAGACUCUUCUGUCCCAGUGAGCAGAGCGCCCCCAGGAGGAGGGCCAGGAGCUGGGAUGGUAGCUCCUCAGCUUGUGACCCCUUCACAGAGCUCUACAACCUUGGCCCCAGACACUGAACCACCACUACACCCCUCCACCCUGGCACCAGUAAGGCGGCGCUCCCCACAGCAGCGGGCCUCCUGUUACCUUGGUGAAGGCGUUGAUUCCCACCUGAGGCGAGAGUCUGGCCUGGGCCCUGAGUGUGACCUCUUCGGCUCCAAGGCGUCACUCAAUCAAAGACGCUAUUCCCUUGAGCUGCAGCAGCUGGUCAUGAGGCAGCAGUACCUGUCCCAGCCUCCUCCUCUGUCUGUGCCCCCGGCAUACCCUUCCAUCCCUGGGUACAGCUCGUCCCCCAGGGGCCUGGGAGAGACUGGAUAUCUCCCUGAGCCGGAGCGACACAAGCGCUUUUCAUUGCAAGAGGCACUUUUCUACAAACGCCUGAGCACGGGCAGUGACCUCUGGGAGAGCCCUAGGCCCGCAUCCCUGUCCCACCCUCCACAGCGGCCAUCUGAGGUGAGCGGAGGAGGUGUGGGAGGGGGCUUCUUCUAUCCCCCAGGGCCGGCCCUCAGCCCCUACUCCUCUCUGAGUCUGCAAGAGUCUGUGCUGGUGAGCCCAAGGUCUAGUUUUGCGUCCAGCACAGCCAGCGGUGGCGGUGGUGGCAGCCCUAUGGGCAGCCGCUGCAGCAGUAACAGAACCAGUGGCAUCAGCCUGGGCUACGACUCGCGCUACUCUACCUCUGGUGGGCCUACCCCACAGCAGUCCCCUUCUGUCCCCACUGGCUCCGUGUGUGGAUAUGGACCCCCAGGUCGGCCCGGGAUGACCCCUGUAGAGGCCUGGAGUCAAUACCUGGAUGCAGGGGUGCCCCCCAUCGGUCAGGACAGUCGGCACUCUUACCCUCCCGCUGUGGGCAGUCCAGCUGCUGUGUGUUACCAGACUGGUGCAGAAUGGUGGGAAGAGCAUCAGGCCGGGGCCCAGGGAGAGAGGGCACGCUACUCUGACCAGCCAGGGACCAGGUACCAAGAGGAGCUAACCAGGCUCCUAAUUCGGGAUGCAGCUCUAGAAGGGGAGGGGCUCCCAGGAUCUCUGAAGCUGGAGCAGUGUCCUCCUGCCAUCUCCAAGCCAAGUACAACGCAGGUCUCCACUGCAGGACCAGCCAAAGCCCCAGAAGAUCUCAGCUCCUCAGGGCCCAGAGAGGUGACAGAGAAUCGACAAGAAUACUUUGGGACCUGUGUGAAGUGUGGGAAAGGAGUGUAUGGAGCUGACAAUGCCUGCCAAGCUCUGGAGAGUCUGUACCACACUCGCUGCUUCACCUGUGUCUCAUGUGGACGCACCUUGAGAAACAAGGACUUUUACAAUGUCAACGGCUCUGUGUACUGUAAAGAGGAUUACAUGUUUUCAGGAUUCCAGGCGGCUGCAGAGAAGUGUAGUGUGUGUGGCCAUCUUAUUCUCGAACAGAUCCUGCAGGCUGUUGGGAAUUCAUACCAUCCAGGUUGUUUCCGUUGUGUGGUUUGCUCCAAGGCUCUGGACGGUGUUCCUUUCACUGUGGAUCAACACAGCAACAUCUAUUGUGUGGCAGAUUACAACAAGACUUUUGCUCCUAAAUGUGCUGCCUGUUUACAGCCCAUCCUGCCAUCUGAGGGCAGUGAAGAAAUCCUCAGGGUUGUGUCUAUGAACAAGGACUAUCACUUUGAGUGUUACCAUUGUGAGGAGUGUGGAAAGCAGCUCUCAGAUAAACCUGGAUCUCAGUGCUUCCCGCUGGACUCUCAUCUGCUGUGCCACUCCUGCCACAUGAGCAGAGUGUGCGCCUCUCAAAACAUUCCCCCUCACAACGCGCACUGAACGCCUGUGAUGUGUCUAAGCUGGUCUUAACAUUUCAAUGUAAGAAGUUGUAGCAAAAACAAGACAACUUUCAAACUGCUGUCAGGACAUUUCACCAGCCCCGUGGACAGAUCUGCCUGCUGUAAUUCUUAUUGUGUUACUGUACCAUUUAAAGGGAAUGGGAACAAAACUACUGUCCAUUAAUGCCCAACCCAGAUGUGUGGGUUUGCUGUAGAAGAACAAGGGAUUUUGUUGUGUAUAUACGUAUUAUUAGCAAGACUUUUGCACUUAAAUCUGACUUAACUGUAACGAUGAUUAUGUAAAUUCAAACAUGGGAGAAAAUGUCACUGUAAUUUCUGUAUGUAGUAAUAAAUGCGUCUCCAUGUACAAAACUGAUACAAAAACUA